CUCUCCCUGUCUUUGUCUCCUCUCUCUUCCUCCCUCUCUUUCUCUCUCCCUUUCUCUCUGGGGUCCUUUGUGUGGUCUUUGCCCAUCACUGACAUUCUCAUAUAAAUAUUGCUAUUUUCCCCAUUUGUUCUUUAUUCUUCUUCUAUAUCCUGUUUUAUUUUUUUAUUCGUUUUCACUUCCGAUGAACUCUGAUUUAGGACGCCUUAUUCCAUUGUGUUUUCUAAUCCCUGAUUUUGGUUUAUGUAAUCCUAUCAUCACAAUUUUGGAUCUCUAUUUUCGCUUCUUUUUAGGGUUUAUGGCGGAAAUUUUUAUGUUUGCCCUUGAUUUGUUUUUUCUUUUUGCGAUGCAUGUAUUGAAGAGGGACUUUAAUUAGAUAGAAACCCACCAAUCUUUAGUUUGUUGGUGGGGUACUGGAAUUUCCUAUUUCGGACCUUUGAAUCGAAAGUGUGGUGUUAAAUCCACCCAUUUUGGCUAUCGUGAUCUUGUUGGAAUUAAUAUAUAAUGCUCACUGUUGUGUUUGAUGAUUACUUCCGUGUUUUUUAGGUGCUUUGCAGGGCUGCUGACCAGUUUUUUAAUUCCUGCGAAUAUCGAAGUCAUGCUAUUUUUAUGAUAUUCACUUUCUCCCCCUCAUUUUCUAUUUUCUUUUUAUUUCUUGGGUGAUUCAAGUUGAUGCCCCUGUUUUUUUUUAAGGUUUCUCUCGGUCUCAUAUGCUAUUGUUGAUAUGUUUUGGACAUGGGAGUUUCUCGAGUCUUAAGUGUAAUUAAUCUCUGCUUAUUGUGUUGCCUCUGUAGUUCCAAUGGAUGGUGAUGCGUUGAACAUGCGUAAUUGGGGUUACUAUGAACCAUCCUUGAAACCGCCUCUCGGUCUGCAGCUCAUAUCCACAAUUGCUGAGCGAGGUGUGAAGCAUUUUCUUCCUGGACGCGACCCUUCUGCUAUUGUUAACAUUAAUGGAGCAUUUCAUUCACGGGAGUCUGUUGUUUCUGAAGAAUCAGUACCAACAAACUGGGCGAGGGAUGGUUGGAUGAAUCAUCAAAGUAACAAGUUUUUCAAUAUGUUACCUCCGAAUACAAGUUAUUCUCUGCUUGCACAAACUUCAGCCCCGCAACCUUUGCCAAUAUUACAGCCACACGACACAUCAAGGGAUGAAAUGGUCCUUAGGAUUGAAGAACCAUCUGUGAAGAAGGGAGCUAAACAAUCGAAGAAACGACAGAAUGGAGGUGCUCCCAAAACCCCAAAUCCAAAGAAGCCUCGAAAGCCCAAGAAUAAUGAUCCUUCAGUUCAACAGGUGAAGGCACCAAAAAAGAAGCUGGACCUUGUUAUAAAUGGGUUUAAUAUGGAUAUAUCAAGUAUCCCAAUUCCUGUAUGCUCUUGCACUGGAACUCCUCACCAGUGUUAUAGAUGGGGAUAUGGUGGCUGGCAAUCAGCUUGUUGUACCACAAGUUUAUCUGUUCAUCCUUUGCCCAUGAGUGAGAAGCGGCGAGGUGCAAGAAUUGCUGGUCGAAAAAUGAGUCAAGGUGCUUUUAAGAAGGUCUUGGAGAAACUAGCAGCUGAAGGCUAUAACUUCUCUAACCCAAUUGAUUUAAGAAGCCAUUGGGCAAGGCAUGGGACCAACAAGUUUGUCACUAUCAGGUAGAUUAGCAAGGUAUGAUGGUAGAGUGCUGAGUCUGUUUUACAUGUAUAUAUCUGUGGCCUUUUGCAGCAAUCUUGGAGUGUCUUUAGCUGGUAAGUUUUGCUCUUGAUAGUUUAUGGCUUCAUGAACUUUGGAAAUUUCCAUCCUCUUCAAUCCUGAUUCGCUUUGUAGUAGUAGUUCGUGAUUUAUUGGAUUGUUUUUUAAUGUUUUUUUUUUCUUUCAAUCGUUGUCUUGGAUCAGUUAUCUAAUUAUCAUUUAACCUUUUCAUUCCCGA